AUGUAUAAAUGGAAAACAUUGGCUCGUAGCUUGACGUUAAAAAGACAAUUCUCGGUGUCAACUUUACAAAGCGAUCAUUAUGUUCAAGUGCCUGAUCGUGGUUUGGUAGAAAUUAAUGGCGAAGACAGUGUAAAAUUUUUGCAGGGACUAAUAACAAAUCAUAUGCCAUCAAUUCAAUCUGGUGGAGAUGGAUUUUAUUCAGCGUUUUUGAAUCCAGUUGGUCGCGUACUAUACGACACGUUUGUCUAUCCAAAAAACGUGGGUACAGCAUUUCCACAUCAAAUCUAUUUGGUAGAAUGUGAUUCUCGAAUUGUAUCAGAUCUUAUAAAACACAUGAAAAAAUACGUUCUCAGAUCCAAAGUUUCAAUUAUUGACGUAUCAUCUCAAUAUAAUGUUUGGAAUAUGUGGGGAGGAAAUAUAGAUAAUCUAUGGUGGCGAUAUCAAGUACCCAAUCCUUCAGCCACAAAAUUACCAAUAGGAUCUUUGGUUUUAAAAGAGAGGAUUGCUGAAAUAGGGUGUAAGGAUAAGAGGUGUCCUUAUCUGGGAUUGAGAUUCGUACUGCCAUUCGACACGACACUUCCAUCAUCGUUUAAACAAUUGGCAUCAAACGAAUAUAAAAUUCGACGAAUUUUGUAUGGUAUCCCUGAAGGGAUUGAUGAUUUACCACCGGGAUCACCAUUACCAUUACAAUGUAAUUUUGAUUACAUGAGAGGAAUUGAUUGGCAUAAAGGUUGUUACAUUGGUCAAGAACUCACAUUUCGAACCUAUCAUGUCGGUGUAACAAGGAAACGAAUUAUUCCCGUGCAAUUAGUUCAUAAAGAUGAAAGUUUACCGACUACAUUACAAGUUGAUCGUACUGUAGAUUUUCCAUUACCCCCACCUUCAACUGGCAUAUAUGCAUCAAUAGAGACACUAAGUAAAAAAAGUCGUCCGAUAGGUGCUAUAGGAUCUUCGUGUCAUAACAUUGCAUUAGCGUUAUUAAAUUUGGAUAAAGUUCAAGACGAAAAUUUAAUUGUGGCUAGUGGACAAGGGGAGGUAUACAAAGUAAAACCAUUUGUACCUGAUUGGUGGCCAAAAGUUGAUGAAUAG